AAACAGAGCUGCUGCUGCUGCUGCUGCUGUUGUUAUGCUGAGUGUGCAUGCCUUCGCCUCGCCGCUGUCAAGCUGGCCGAGGCUAGCUUAGUGGGUUAGCAUAGCUAGCCUCCUGGUAAAGUUAGCCUUUCUCACAUCAGAAACAUUUCAAACUAAAGUGCCCUGAUUAUCCAAGUGGUCAGCACACGUUUUGACACAGCUCGGGGGUUUAUUUUGAAAGUUUACACAUGAAAUGCUCGGUUGUAACCGGGAACAUUAGUGCUCCUACUACGGUGAGAUGGCAGCUAAUCUUUUACACACACGCGCGCGAGCUGUGAAUUAAACGUGUCAAUCUGAUUUUCAUGUAGUAGAGAGCGGAGGGGGGGCUGCCAGCCAGCCAUUUCGCGCUUGAGGGGUAACUCCCCCUCCCUGAGCUGUGGAUUCGCUCUCGUUGCUGUAUUGCUACAAAUAGUAGAAAGACUGAGCACACGGGGAUUUCCUCGCUUGCUUGUUUUGUAGGCGGGGAGUUGUUUGCCACUUUUUUUUUUUUCACGAGCAGGCGCUGAGAGGCUGGAGACGAGAAGAGUCGUGGAAUGUCAAAAACCGUGCGACCCUGUGUUAGGUCGCUUCUUUUUCCUUUCUUUUGCGUUUAAAUAAAUAGUUUGCGAGGGACGCGUUGGUGUCCGCUGUGCCGCUACGCUUUCUUUUGGUGGUUUGUCAACUCAUGCGCUUCUUGCUGCUCAAACCUGCUGCUUCAUCACCUCGUUGUGGAGGAAAAAAAGGAGCAAGCGCGAGCCGAGCCAGCGGUUUAGCGAGACCAGAUCAACCGGUAGUACAGGUGGACGCUGCUCUCGUGGCAUGACUACCACAAACAAGGGAAACAAGGCCUUAAAGGUGAAGCGGGAGCCGGGGGAAAAUGGCACCAGCCUAACAGAUGACGAGCUGGUGACCAUGUCGGUGCGGGAGCUGAACCAGCAUUUACGGGGGAUGUCAAAGGAAGAAAUCCUGCAGCUGAAACAACGGCGACGUACCCUGAAGAACCGGGGCUAUGCCGCAAGCUGCCGAGUAAAGCGUGUCACCCAGAAGGAGGAGCUCGAAAAACAAAAGGCUCAGCUGCAGCAGGAAGUGGACAAGCUGGCUACAGAGAAUGCCAGCAUGAAGGUGGAGCUGGAUGCUCUGCGUUCAAAGUACGAGGCCCUCCAGAGCUUUGCCAGGACUGUGGCCCGCAACCCUGUCACCUCAGCAAGGGGACCUAUGGCUUCUGUCAUAGGUCCCCUCAUCCCCGGUAAAGUAGCUGCCACCAGCGUCAUCACCAUCGUCAAAUCCAAAACGGAGGCUAGGUCGUAGUAGCAGAAAGGGCAGAAGAAAGAUGUUUAAGGCUAAACUAGUCAGUGCAUUGUAACAUGGCACAGGAAUGCCUGUGUGAGUUCUCAGUUUUAACCGUGGAGCUAACACUAAAAAUAUGCUUUCCAAAUUCACUCUUACAGAACAACACACCAGUCUGUUUUUUUUGUUUUUUGUUUUUUUUAACAGGCCUGUCACCAGGGUAAUAAAAAUCAAACUCUAGAAUUUAGGACGAUACAGUUGUCCCAUAAACAAAGGAGAAAUAUUGCAAUAUUGAAACAUUUAGAAAGUGGAAAAUUGAAGAAGACUGCAUCAAGUUUGCUUGUUUUGAUUGAGAUUUUUAUGUCAGUUUUCCUAAAAUCUGGCUCUUAAGUCUCUUCCGUCCUAAGAACUAGCAUUGGUACAGUUUCACAGGUGGUCAAAACCAGUAAGAAAAUAAAUUGGAUCCAUUAUUCCUCACAAGAUCCACAGUACAGAGUGGGAGGAGGAGAAGCCAGCACAUAUCUCACUAAGAAGCCCUUUGCUUGUUAUUAUGCACUGACUUAAAUUGGGAUAACUGACAACUGGUCACAGACUCUUGGUCUUAAUGCUACAGAUGUCUUUGAAACAACCUGACAAACCCCAAACUCAUAAAUUAGUCCAAUUUGUGAUUCUGUUGGUCGUCUGUUGAGAAUAUAAGCAUGCAAUGAUGCUCCCAAACAUAGCAUUCAUUUCUGUUUAUGGAUCUGCGACAGGCUUCCGUGAACUUGUCAUUUUCAAAAUGACUGGUAGAUGCAAUAAUAAUAUAUAUGUAUGCACUGAAAAUACAAAGAGGUCUUGCAUAUUUAGGUGGAAACGUUAAAAAAGAUCAGCAGCACUUAAUGAUGUUGUUCCAGAGCUGAGUGCCAUUCCAAUAUGACAAGAUUCUUCUACAAUAUCUGAAAACCUGAAUGUUAUUACAGUAAUAUCCUCAUGUUUUGUGGGGACGGUGAAAUCCACAAACAUUUUGAAACUUAAUUUUUGCUCAUAGAGAUAUGUUGAUUUUGUUUAAAAGAUAUAUAUUGCGUUUUUUUGUAAUUACUUGUUGACAGGGCCGUCAGAUAUUUCCAAAAGAAAAUCUUUACACGAGCUUUACUGUUUGAAUUGUUAAGGUGUAGAAAACUUUGUCUAAAGUUGACUUCUUGGUUUUUAUUACUAGGUAGAUUACCUUCCAUUGUUUAUAGAAAUACAGAAAAAGAAAACGUAAAAAAAAAAAAAAAAUCCUGUGACAUCUUUUUUGCAAUUGUACCGAAAGUGGCUUACUAUUAAAGUCUGAUAGCUUUUUCUAGUGACUAGGCGCGUACUGUGGGGUAGCGCGUGAUGUGAUGUGUAAGUGACAAGUUGGCAGUGUCGUUCACUGUAUAGAUGUCAAUGCUGUGCUAUUUAAAACAAAUCUGUAGAGCUAAACUAGAUGGUGUAAACAAGGUCAAUUGUCUUUGUGCGUAUUGGCAUCUGUGAUAUCCUCCGCUUCCUUGGUGUUAGUUACAAAUCAUAUUGUCAUUACGAGUUUACCACAUUGAGCCACGAAUGACAGAAUUUGAUGAAACGGCAUUAGUGAACAUGAAGUCAAAAGACUUUUUGAAGCAUAAAGUAAUAACUGAAUAAUGGUUGCAUCUAGUGCUGGAUGCCCUCUAAAAACAUCCUCUGUAACCGGGAAGUAAAGGAUUUUAUUAUUAUUAUUAUUCCAGCAACAUCAUUGGUGUAAAUUACAUUGCAGGGAUAGAGUGCCCUUAAAAGCUAUCUUUUAGAAUUUACCUGUGGGCGUGCGGUUAUCCUGCAAAUGUUGUUGACAAACCUUGCACCUUGUCACGCUAGUAAAAAUAAGAUGCUGCAAGGUUAACCUCAAAGAGGUGUAGCAUCACUCUUCUAAAUCUACCCACUGGUCUUCAGAUUGUCUGAUUAAAAGCAGAAGGGUUUGGCUGAAGGUUUGUAUGCACUAAGCUCCUGCUUGUUUUGCUCAGGACAAAACAGGUCACUUAAAAUGAACAAACAAUUCUAGAUAAGAGGCAAGAAGGCGGGGAUGGCAGCUCUGUUCUUUUUCUGUUUUUUUUUUUU